AUGCGCCCAGACUUGACUUUUGGCCCGCCGGGCGACGAGUGGCACUACGACAGACCGUCGCGAACCUAUGAUCUCACCCGGGGCCGGUCGCCGGCUUGGAAGGUCGGCACCACCCAAGGACCAGCGGGGACGUCGGUUUCGGUGAACCCCCACAGCACGGCGCUCGUGAUUGUCGACAUGCAGAACUACUUUUUGCACCCCAGCUGUCGAGACCACCCGGCCGGGCUGGCGGCGGUGGAGCAAACCAAGAAGGUUGUUGAGAAAUGCCGCGAAUUAGGUAUUCAGGUAAUUUGGCUAAAUUGGGGCCUGACCGACGACGACCUGGCACGGAUGCCCGCCAGCGUCCAGCGCGGCUUCUCGCGAUCGCUCAUCCUGGGCGACGAGGGGAAGAGUAGUUCUCCCGGCGACAAGGGGCAUACCCUCGCCCGCCUCGGCCUCGGCGCAGAUCUCGGCGACGGCAGGGGCCGCUGCCUCGUCGCGGGCGAGUGGAACGCCGACAUUUACGAGCCGCUGAAGCGGAGCAGUCUCCGGACGGGGGAGGACGUGCGGUGUGAUAAGAAUAGGAUGUCGGGGAUGUGGAGCCCGGAACAGCCGUUGCGGAGGUAUUUGGAGGGCGCCCGGGAGGAUGGAAGAGGAGGGAUCCGAACGCUGCUCUUCGCCGGGGUGAAUACCGACCAGUGCGUCCUCGGCACGUUGACGGAUGCGUAUAAUGCCGGGUGGGAUUGCAUCUUGAUUGAGGACUGCUGCGGGACCGGGACGCCUGGUGCUCCCGAGGUGUGCCUUUACAACAUUUCUGGCUCAUACGGGUUCGUCGUCUCGACAGAGACAUUUCUCGCCGGAACGGCUUCUUAA